AUGAGCAUUGACACCACUCCUGUGUCAGUAAAUAAUGGCAAAAAUAAUGAAGAACUUGAUGAGGCUGUACAAAAAUUAGUUCAAAUUUCUGACAAAUUAGAUAAAGAUAUUUUGCCUAAAGAGAAGGGAGAAAAUAAUUUAAUUGAAGAAGAAUCUCCUUCUUCUAUUGUUACUCAUCAUUUGGGAGGAGUUCCUAGUUACGACCAGCUUGGAGCUAAUCGACUUCAAAAUAUUCUGGAAAUGGAUAUGCCUAGACCUAAAGCAUUGCUUGGACAUCAUAGUUAUGAAGUUGGUCAGGGAGCUGUUGCUGGUGGUGCCGUAGCUGUUGUUGUAGUUGUUUGUGUUGCUGUUCUACUUGUACUUUUAGUAAUUGGAGUACUUAGAAUGCGAGAUCAUCCACUUACAACAAAACGGCGUCGUUCACGUCGUGAUUCUAUGUUGGAAUGGGAUGACAGUGGAUUAAUGAAUAUUACAGUAAAUCCGUUAGAAGAAAUUGGAGGGAAACAAUUUUCCGCCGAUGGACUUGAAUAUGAGGAGGAUGAUGAUGAAGACGAUGAUGAAGAUGAUGAUAGUGGUUCUGAGGAUGGAGGGGAAGGUUAUAGAGGAGUAGAGCAUAGUGAUGAUGAAGGCGGUGAUGAAGAGAAAUUAGUUUUGCCUCAUGCUGAUGAAGGGUCUCGUAAAGGAGUUGGUUUGGAAUGGGAUGACAGUACUUUAGAUGGACCUUCUUCCCCUGGACCUUCAAAUGGUCACACAAAAAAGGGUGGAGUACAUCGAGUUUAA